CAGACAAAGGCAACCUCAUGUUCAUCUUUUCCAAAACAUUCCUACAACUAUGCAACUUGCAAGAAUACAACAAUAGGAAAGGAAGGCUCAACACUCUCUCGGAUUUGUCAGCUAAUACUGGUUCCAUUUGUCUAGUUAAACCUUAAAGCAAGGACCAAAUCUCUUUCCAGCGAUGUCCACCCUACUUCUGGACACCAAUAUUAGAGUCACCGCUGAGGGGCAGACUAAAGAUGGAUCUAUUCACUCACCUGAGUCUUCAAUGCAGGCCAGGAGGCAGCCAUGUGGGCAUGCAAAGCUUUCUCGCAGCCUUUCCAAGUCAGAUUCAGACUUAUUGGUUCCUUUUGUUCAGCAUAUGGCUCUGGGUGAAAGGACAAAAUUGUUGGCAAAGGGCAGGAUGAAGAGGACACAAAUGGAUCGGCCAUCCACACGCACUGCUGACAGGGAAGAGAUUGAGAAGAUCAUGACAUUAAUUGACCGUGGCAUCAAACUCUCCAAAGAGUACCAGCUAGCAGCAGAUGCUGCAGGAAGCCGUGUGCUCGAGCAAUCAGUGGGGGAGUGGUUGGAACACGUGGGCUUUCCUCAGUAUGAGAGUAAGCUGCUUCUAAAUGGAUUUGAUGACCUGCGCUUCAUGGGCAGUAAUGUAAUGGAAGAUGAAGACCUUAGAGAAAUUGGCAUCACUGACCCCGGUCACAGGAAGAAAAUUCUUCAUGCAGCAAAGAGUCUACCAAAGGUGAAAGCUCUGGGUUGUGAUGGCAGUACCUCGCUGGCCUCCUGGCUGGACAAUCUAGGUCUCGGGGAGUAUCUCCACAACUUUUUAUCCAGUGGCUAUCGCACACUUGAGUGUGUGAAGAAUCUGUGGGAGUUGGAGAUUGUCAAUGUGUUAAAAAUUGGCCUACUUGGCCACAGGAAGAGAAUAAUUGCUUCCAUCGCAGAGCGGCCCUAUGAGGAAGCACCUUCAAAGUCCAACAGCUUCUCCCAGUUUAAAAUUCAAGACCUCUUAUCUCAGAACACAGCACCUCUUGGUUACAUGGACCAGUAUACGAGUCGCUCCAUGGACACGCUACUGCCACUGGGGGAUUUUGGAAGAAGAGGCAGAGGGCAGGAUCAGGAGUGCAGUGUCUCCCUCCGCUCCUACAGUGAGAGGCCACGCUCACAUGACCGGCAUGCAGAUCGAAACAAAGAAUCCCGACGGAACCCAAGCCAGCCCACAUACACCACUGUCUCCACCUGGCACCACCAUCCUGACAAGCUCAUCACAGAGGCUUGUUGCUAUGAAGCUAGUUAUCUUGGGUCUGUGAUCAUCAGAGACCUCCGAGGUAUUGAAUCAACACAGGAAGCCUGUGCAAGAAUAAGGAAAUCAAAGGAUCACCGGAAAGGCCCUGUCAUAAUCCUCUCAAUCACCUAUAAAGGAGUCAAGUUCAUUGAUGCAGCCUCUAAGGCUAUUGUGGCGGAGCAUGAGAUCCAGAACAUCUCCUGUGCAGCUCAGGAUCCCGAUGAACUUCGCACUUUUGCAUACAUUACAAAAGACCUGAAGUCGGGGCACCACUUCUGCCAUGUUUUCACUACAGUCGAAGUGACAAAAACCUAUGAGAUCAUCUUGACUCUGGGACAGGCAUUUGAAGUAGCCUAUCAUAUGGCACUUCAGGCACAGAAAACUCGACGUCACAGUUCCUACAGUGGGGCAAACUUGGAAAUCAUGGAACCCAAAAGCAGCAGGCCGGUGUCAUCGCGAAACAGCAUGCGCCGCACAGUGGGUGUUCCUGUGCCCGAAUGCCGCUGCUGCUACUGUCACACCUGUUCUUCCCACCGCUCCUCCUACCUCCCGCUGCCCUCUGUCAGCCCUGGAGUUCAGAUGGAGCCCAUCGAGCAGGAGACAGAUGUGCAGUCCUUGGGCAGCAGCUGGCACUUUGACCCUCGUGACCCUUCCAGGCCGGCCUGCAGUGCCAACUGACUCCGCCUUUCAAGUUUCCGGACACCAAGGUGUGAAUAGACGUGGAAAUCAGGUGAAUCAUAAUGUGUGAGUGAAAGAGAGAGAAAAUGAUGUGUCGAUCGUUCAGAGGCAGAGAAUCGCGGCACGAGGAGAUUGAUCCAGUACUGUGCGAUUACUCCUAUGAUGAGUUUUAGACAAAAUGUCACAAUGAAGAUUUGAGCAUUUGCUUGUGAGGUGGGUCUGUGCAAACAGCAGCCACAGCAUGCUAGUCUUUUAUUUAUUUGAAUAAACAUGUUUACUCGACUAUUUAAAUAACAGGCAUAUUGGAAAUAUGGAGAAUCUGGAAUAGGAUCUUAAGUUUUCAGCUCAGUGUGGUCAAUGAGAAGUUACAUUCCUUAACAUGAGCUUUAGUUGGAUAUAGAGAACAUCCCAAAGCCUGAGUAUAGCAAAAUAUGUUCCUUUUAAACUUUAUAAUCCACUCACUCUGCAAUAAAGGAGUGAGGAUUUUGUUCACAAAAUGAUCGCUUUCAAGAAACGCUUGGAUGGAUGGAGUUUUAUAAAACGUGAGCCAAGAAUACUGAAAAAAAAAGCAGGGCUGGAAACGUAUCAGAGCUGAAAUGCAAGCGUAAUUCUUUUCAUUCAAUUCAGAACGAGCACUGUGCCAACACAUCUAGAUCAUGGCUUUAGCUGGAGGUAUUAAACUUCAAAUCACACUGUGAAAUAAGAGAAAAUAAGCAUUUACCUUAGUGUUGUUACUCAUUAUUCAUGAUGUGACGGGACAUUUAACAUAAAAAAAAAAAAUUUAAUAAUAAAAAAAAAAAGCAUGUCCCUCUCUUCAUAUCUCACAUACAUUUUCUGUAUUUCGCUUGCACUUUAUUUUGUUUGCACUGAGUAUUUGGUUAUGAUGUCAAGAUAGAGACUUGCCAAAUGCUGUAGCAUUUGUAUCCAUGAAAUAAACAUCAAAGUCUAUUUUGGGGACUAAUCUAAAAUGUUACAUAAAAUGUUCACAAUUCUUUCCUUUAGUUGUCACGUCAAUAUAAAUGACCUAAUAAAAUUCAAUCACUUUUUAUUGUGUCACCUAUUAAGCAAAUUGUGUUUUCCGUACUUGAUUCUGGAGCCUUCGAAUUCCUUUAAGGGGAAAGUAAAUCAUAUCUUUCCUUUAAAUUUCAAUUAGCAGAAGCAUAAAAGAAGCAUAGUUUAAGUUUAUUUUUUAUUGUGAAAUCUAUUCUUAAAAACAAACAAAAAACUAAACUUAAAAAACAACACUAAAACUUAAACCAAUCUUAGAGAUAUAUCACAUUGUAUUUUAAUUAACAAAUGAGAAA